AUGAUGCGUCUUCCGACGCAGCAGCAGCUCAAGCUCUGCACAAAGAGGCCGAUCGGCGUGGAGCGGGCAGUUUUGGCGAGGGCGAGGGGCACUCAAUCAUCACAUCUUCCGAGAUUUGCUCGCGCAGCCCAUCCACUACCACGCACUCCACCACCCUCCAACCCUGCAAUCCGUCGGUCCGGCCUGCUAUACACUCACCACGCCUCGCCCGUCGCUGGCGUCCGUUCCUUCUCCAACACAUCACCCGCCAGCAUGACGGCCUCCAAGAUCGACGGCAAGGCCGUGGCGCAGACCAUCCGCGAGCGUCUCAACAAGGACAUUGCCCAGAAGCAGGAGAAGAACCCGCGUUACAAGCCGAGUCUGGUCAUUAUUCAGGUCGGAGGCAGAGAUGACAGCUCGACGUAUGUCAAGAUGAAGCUGAAGGCCGCCGAAGAGGCCAACAUCGCCUGCAAGCUCGACCAGUACGACGAGUCAAUCUCCGAGUACGAGCUCCUCGAAAAGAUCGAGCACUACAACAACGAUGCCUCCGUCCACGGCAUGAUCGUCCAGCUGCCUCUCCCCAAGCACAUCGACGAGUACGAAGUGACCUCGGCCGUGUCAGACGCCAAGGAUGUCGAUGGCUUCGGUGCAAUCAACAUUGGCGAGCUCGCUAAGAAGGGUGGAAAGCCAUUGUUCACGCCAUGCACGCCGAAAGGUGUCAUGGUGCUGCUGAAAGAGGCAGGUGUUGACGUCAAGGGCAAGAACGCGGUCGUGAUUGGAAGAUCGGACAUCGUCGGUGCGCCUGUGAGCUACCUGCUGAGAAACGCAGAUGCCACAGUCACCGUCUGCCACUCGAAGACCCACAACCUGAAGGAGGUCGUCAAGACUGGAGAUAUCGUUGUUGCAGCGCUGGGAAGCCCUGGCUUCGUCAAGGGAGAUUGGCUGAAGCCUGGCGCUGUUGUGAUCGACGUCGGCACCAACUCCAUCCCAGAUGACACCAAGAAGUCUGGCCAGAGACUGGUUGGAGAUGUCGAUUUUGACUCGGCAGCUGAGGUUGCGAGCCAGAUCACUCCCGUCCCAGGAGGUGUCGGUCCUAUGACCGUUGCCAUGCUUCUCCAGAACGUGGUCACCGCUGCAGACGCCCAGGCCGAACGCCAACGCGCACGACACAUCGUUCCACUCGCACUGAAGAUCAAGUCUCCAGUCCCAUCCGACAUUGCUGUCUCACGGGCACAACACCCGAAGUUGAUCAACAAGGUCGCUGCUGAGGUCGGCAUUGCACCAUACGAGCUUGAGCCUUACGGUGCAUACAAGGCCAAGGUCUCACUGGGUGUGCUCAAGCGUCUUGAGCAUCGAAAGAAUGGCAAGUACAUUCUCGUUGCUGGCAUCACGCCGACUCCACUCGGAGAGGGCAAGUCAACCACAACCAUUGGUCUCACGCAAGCUCUGGCUGGCCAGCUUGGCCGCAUUGCAUUCGCGAACGUUCGUCAACCAUCGCAAGGUCCUACUUUCGGUAUCAAGGGUGGAGCUGCCGGAGGAGGUUACAGUCAGGUCAUCCCCAUGGAAGAGUUCAACCUGCACUUGACAGGUGACAUUCACGCCAUCACUGCAGCCAACAACUUGCUCGCUGCUGCAAUUGACACCAGGAUGUACCACGAGGCGACACAACCCGAUGGACCACUCUACCGAAGACUAGUCCCAGCCGUCAAGGGCAAGAGAGAGUUCAAGCCAGUCAUGGUCAAGCGCCUGAAGAAGUUCGGCAUUGACAAGACGAACCCUGACGAUCUGACCGAGGAGGAGAUUACCAAGUUCGCCCGACUUGACAUCGACCCCGACACCAUCACCUGGCGCCGUGUGCUGGACGUCAACGAUCGCCACUUAAGAGGCAUCACAAUCGGUGAGGCACCAACUGAGGCCAAGCAAUCGCCGAGGAAGACUGCGUUCGACAUCUCGGUCGCAUCCGAGUGCAUGGCUGUACUCGCCCUUUCGACAGACCUCAGCGACCUGCGACGAAGACUUGGUGACAUGGUCAUCGGCUCGUCAAAGGCUGGCGACCCAGUCACUGCUGAUGACAUUGGCAUUGGUGGUGCCCUGGCUGUGCUCAUGAAGGAUGCCGUCAAGCCCAACCUCAUGCAGACACUUGAGGGCACUCCAGUCUUCGUUCACGCCGGACCAUUCGCAAACAUCAGUAUCGGAAACAGCUCGAUUAUUGCCGACCGUGUCGCGCUCAAGCUGGCCGGCACAGAGGCAGAUGAGGGCCAAGACAAGGCUGGCUUCGUCGUUACCGAAGCAGGUUUCGACUUCACCAUGGGUGGCGAGCGCUUCAUGAACAUCAAGUGCCGCAACUCUGGUCUUGUGCCUGAUGUGGUCGUCAUUGUCGCAACUGUUCGUGCCUUGAAGGUUCACGGUGGAGGCCCAGAGAUCAAGCCUGGUGCUCAGCUGCCGGAGGUCUACCGCACCGAGAACGUGGAAGUGCUCCGUGCUGGUUGCAUCAACUUGGCCAAGCACAUCCAGAACGCCAAGGCGUACGGUGUCAACGUCGUUGUUGCCAUCAACAAGUUCGACACCGACACGGAUGCAGAAGCACAAGUCAUCCGCGAGGAGGCUCUCAAGGCUGGUGCCGAAGAUGCCGUCGCCGCUGCUCACUUCGCUGAAGGCGGCAAGGGCGCCGUCGACCUUGCCAAGGCUGUCAUUGCUGCAUCCGAGAAGAGCAAGCCCGAGGACUUCAAGCUCCUGUACGACCUCAACGGCUCAGUACAAGAGCGCAUCGAGGCUAUCGCCAAGAAGAUGUACGGCGCUUCGUCCGUCACCUUCUCCGAGGUCGCGCAGAAGAAGGUCGACACAUACACCAAGCAAGGCCUCAGCAACCUGCCAAUCUGUAUCGCCAAGACGCAAUACUCGCUCUCGCACGACCCAGCUCUCAAGGGCGCACCGACUGGCUUCGAUGUUCCGAUCAGGGAUAUCCGCUUGGCCGCUGGUGCUGGCUACCUCUUUGCUCUCGCCGCCGACAUCCAGACUAUCCCUGGUCUGCCAACCGCACCGGGCUACCUCAAUGUCGAUAUUGAUGGCGAGACUGGUGAGAUCGAUGGCUUAUUCUAG